AUGAGCGGGGAUACAGUGCUUAUAGAGAGAAAACUACAAAAUGGUGCCAACACCUAUCAAAUUACCGGGCAUGGAAGUUUAGCAGCCCAAUAUGGCGGCGAGGCGCAGUUCAACUGCACCGUCUCACCUCCAACAGGUGUGCUUCAGGUUACUUGGCACAGGCCAUCCACGGAUGAAAGAAUAGAGAACUUGGCCACAUUCAGCAAACACUUUGGAGAGCAGGUCAACGAACCCUAUAAAGGAAAAGUCGCCUUUAAAGAAAGGUCUCUCAACUCAUCGUCCAUCCUUCUGAGGAACAUAACGUGGGAAGAUGAAGGAUGCUACAUUUGUGCUUUUAACGUUUAUCCCGACGGGUCCAAAAGGAAGCAGAUGUGCCUCACGGUACAAGGGAUAUCCAGGGUGAACACAAGCCACGAUCACAGCAACGAACAAGAAGGAAAGGCCAGACAGGAAGUCUUCAGCUGCUCGGCCACAGGGAGACCAACCCCGUCCAUUGAUUGGGACGUCUCGCCUGGCGCCACCGUAACCCUAACGUCGUCUAAACUAAACAUGAACGGCGACAACACAAUCACCAACAGCAGCAGCAUCACGGUGCACGUUCCUGCAGAGUGGACCGGACACGUGGACUGUCUGCUGAACAAAGACAAGCUCGGAGAAAGACGGGAAACGCUCUUUUUAUCAACCCACCUAGAGGAGAUAAAAGACAGGGGGGAACACAAGAUGGUGGCGGUCAUCAUUCCUUUAAUAGCCAUCGUUUGCAUCAUUGUGGCAGCUGUUGUGAUCCGAGGGAGAUUAAAGAAGAAGCAAAGAAGAGAAUACAUAACCUGA